ACAAAAACACAAUAACAAGAUGAAUACUACAGUUUUAGAAUGGAAAAAAGUGAACUUCUUCAAUAUUGUUGGGCUGCCGUUUAUAAAAUUACCGAAUGUUUCGGAAAUAACAUGCCACUGUUUCAACCUGACCAAAUCUGACGCUGGGGGAAACACGCUAGUGUUUUGUGACCGGAAUGGACAAAUAUAUGUUUAUUUUCCCAACUGGGAGUGCAUUUCAUUUAAAAGUCAACAUAGUGUGCACCACAUCAGACAUUGCGCGCUCACGUCUAAUAAUUUACUAGCAACUGCCACACAAGACGAAACAUUUGUAGUACAUAUAUAUAUAUAUGAUCUAAAAAAGUUGACCAAAAAACAAGGAGCUCCAAUAAUUGCUUCCGGUACUUAUAAUACAACAAGUACAGGUACAACAUGCAUCAAUGCAGAAGUCAUUGACGAUAAAAUACUGUUUUUAGGCUUGGGCUUUGAGAACGGCGACAUUUUGUUGCAUUGUGGAAAGAUAAACAGAUUUAUUUCAUCGAAUACUCGCCGCCACUCAAUAUCUGGACACGCAAUUAAUGGAAUACACUUUGACAUCAGACCUCAAAGCUCUGAUAAACAUACUCCAAACAUGUUUGUCACAUGUUUUGAUGGAGUGUACUGCUUUAUUUUAAAAGAAAAAGGCGCAGUAGACCCAAAAUUUAUACUUGAUAAUAAUAAACGUGCUUACAAUCAUUGUUGUACGAUGCGCAAAGCGAGUAAUGCAAAGUUUGAUGAUGCUAUGUUAGUAGUAGGACGAGAAGAUGCUAUAUACUGCUAUACUAGUGAUGGGAGAGGCCCUUGCUAUGCUAUUGAAGGGACAAAAAAAUGUUUAGAUUGGGUAGGCCAUUAUCUUAUUGUUGUAGUACAAAGUCCAAAAAGUGUCAUUUCGGAUAAAAGCAAGUUGACCCUAAUUGUUGUGGAUACCGAAAAUAAAAUCAUUGUUUUUUAUAAGCAAAUUCAAGAUUUGUUGUAUACUAUCAGCGAAAAUACCUUAUGUUACAUUAUCACAAAUACUGAAUCUAGAAAUAGCACGAACAUAUUUAAGUUACAGCAGUGCAAUACUAAUACAAAAAUUCGACUUUUAAUUGAACAAAAUAUGUACAAUAUUGCUUUGCAAUUGUUGUCUAGAGAAGGACUUGCUUCGUCACACGAAACGGCUUGCGUGCGAUUUCAAUACGGAAAUCAUAUGGUACUGAAAGGCGAUAUAAGUAGAGCAGUACUAGAAUACAUUAAAACAAUUGGCUUUAUUAAACCCUAUGAUGUGAUUUCCAAACUACUCCAUUCCAAGUACACUGAUUAUCUAAAAGAAUAUUUGUAUGCAGUUUUAAAAAGUAACCAUGCUAAAGAUAAACACAAACAGCUCUUAAAAUUACUUGAGCAAAAAAAUGGGAAACCUGAGAACAUUCAUCAACCUGUCAGUAAUGUUUCCUUCAACAACACGGAUAAUAAGUUUUUAAAUAUACAAAGCAGUAAUUUAAAUUCAAAAAAUUAUGGAGCUCAAGUCAAAAGUUUUGAAGACGAUGAAGAAUUGAAUUUCUAUAUAGAAUAUGGAUCAGAAUCAUUAAUUUUAAACCCAGAACCCUAUUUACAGCAUUUUAAAUCACUAAUAAUUGGAAACACGACAAAAAAUAUCCUUCGCUUUUUCCCCAUUUUGUCGGAACAUAACGAGUUUUGUGCUAACUUAUUAGCUGAAAUAAUUGCGAGUUACCCCACAUGUGACCACGAACUAUAUGAUUAUUUACUUAUUCUUUAUCUUGGACUUUGGCAUGAAAACAAAAUAACCACAGGCUUUGUUUUAGAUUUUUUGAAAACUGAUCGCCUACGCCUAGAAAAAGUUUUAACUAUAUGCAGACUUUAUGCAUUUUUAAAUGGGAUUAAACAAGUUUAUACAAAUUUGAAUGAUGCAGAUACUGUUACCAAUGUAGGAUCGAACAAAUGUGUACACAGUCUCUUGAAGGGAUAUCCCGAUCUUACGCAUAUCUUUGAGCUGAGGACAAGCUCAUUGUUAAUAAUGUUAAAGAGUGGAUUUCAAAAUCAUUCAAUACAUGCCUCACAGUUUAAACCUUUUGUUAAUGAAAACAUAGUUAAAAAUAUAUUGGAUUCAAGAAACGAAUUGCAAAUGAUUGAAAAUUUGAAUAAAAAAAUAAAAAAGUCAGGUUCUAUGCUUUCACUUUAUGCAAAUAAUCCAAUAGAAUUUCGCAAUAGUUCAUGUGAUAUUUGUCGUCAAGCGCUUAAUACACAAUCAGUAUAUUUUCUUUGUCAACAUUCCUUUCACAAAGAAUGCCUAAUCUAUAAUAUGUCCAGACGAGGUGACGAAGCGAUAUGUGUUGCCUGCAGUGGAGAACCUAAUUACCCUGCCGACAAAGCAAUUCAUUCACAGUCAACAGACUCUAUUACAGUAAUUUCUAAGGUAAUUUCUCUGGGAGUUGUAGAAAUAGCAACCAACAAUGGGCUUUCCAAAAAUGUUAUUCACACGAAAGGUCAUGACUCUAAUGUAUAUCAAGGAAAACUGAAUGCUAUUAAAAGAACAAGUUCGGGAAAUCCAUUUGAUUAAAAUUUUAAAUUUUCUGAAGGAACCACUCAAAAGUAUAAAUAUUUACGUAUAAGAAUAUUUUAAGCAUUCAAUGUGCCCUUAGAAGAAUAAAUAAACUUAAUUUUUCAA